AUGGAAGAUCAAAACUCUUCGCUAAAGGCUGUUGGACAAUCAAUCAAAUCAGACACAUCUAUGAAUCCAGUUACUGCAUCUGCUAUUAUGAUUUCUACCAACAUAAAUUCCAUUCCGAUGCUUAACGGCUCCAACUUUAAGAAUUGGAAGGAGAACGUCAUGAUUGUUCUAAGCUGUAUGGAUCUGGAUGUUGCGCUAUGGAGAGAACGACCUCCAGCCCUUGCAGAUACAAGUACCUCUUAUAUGAAGAGGGACUUGGAGAGGUGGGAGCGUCCUAAUCGCAUGAGCCUAAUGAUCAUGAAACACUCUGAUCCAGAAGCAUUCAGGGGCUCAAUGUCCAAUGAGGAUGAUGCUAAGGUAUUCAUUGUGGAACUACAGAAACAUUUUACAAAAAACGAAAAUGCUGAAACAAGCAACCUUUUAGCUAGUCUUGUUCCAAUAAGGCAUAAAGGAAAAGGUAAUAUCGGGAAUACAUUAUGGAAAUGUCUAACAUCGCUUUAA